GGGAUACAAAUCCUCGCACGAUUGCCAGUGCAAUUGUACGAUAGCCUGAUAGUUAUCCGAAUUGCAUUUUUCUGGGUACAUUCGAAGAGUGUCUUCAUCUUAAAUGUGAGAAGAACAGAAUAUUUGGAAUAAAAUAUUAAUCGCACGGUUUUACAGUCUCUGCGACCAUUUCUGCUCCUUGUUUAUUUGUGCUGAGAAGGAAAGGAAAUUUCAGAUCAUCGGUUAAAGUAAAUUGCCGUAUCUCUGAAUGACCCUGCGCCCUUUCGCGAACCACAAUCUUCUUGAUCUGUUAUUUGUUUCAGCACAUUUUGUUCCGAUUGCAUUUCCACACUUAGUCGAUGCUCUGCCAUUGAAAUCGACGAUAGCGUCGCGAGCGGGCAGAAUUAUACACCGACAUUGGCAAUGCAGCAGUUUUUAUAACGUGCACAUUGUAAAGUGUACAGUCUGUCAUUUAAUAUUUAAUACCGUCGGCUCGGACACUAUACCGGGGUGAACAAUGCUUAACUUGUUCUAUUCGUAGCCGAUGCCUAGAGAAGCCUAGAUCAAGCAGUGCAAAAACAAAUUGAUUGUAAAACUCGAUUCGAAGAAGUUCGAGAAGAAAGUAACACGGAUGUUAUUAUCGGUGACGGUCGUUUGUUGCGACGAGGAAGUUAAGACAUGGCGUACCCGCCUCGAUGGACUUACCGAGCAGUACUGUGGUUUCACAUCAUUUUCAAAAUAAUGGGCCUGUCGCCUGUAUCCUUGCGCGAUAAAGAUCCGAAGACCAGUAGUGCAAUAUUCUUUGGGCGAAGCAAUUUCGGGAUAUUCUACAACGCGUUGCUGAGCAUCUCGCUCGUAGCGUCGAGCUUCGUCACUCUGCCGCGGUUGCACGAUGAGGCAUACGGGAGUGAAUCCACUGUAACAUACACCAUAGAGAUGGUCCAAUCGACAUAUGGGACCUUGAUGAUCAGUACGAUCUUAUUGUGCUACAUCUACAAGUGGUCCAGCCUGAGGAGUAUCUGUAAUAGCCUGAUGCAUCUCGAAGAACAGUUUCGCUUCUCUCGCGAACCGAUCAGCAUCUAUCGAACCUUCUGGAUCCUGUUGAUGGUUUACGUCGGUCAGACGAUCAUGUGCGUCGGUGUCGUGGUCACCGAGGAACUGGCCUUCCACGACGGUCCUCUCGGAUGGGUCGUGAGCGUCUUGCCCACGGCUUUCGUGGCCAAUAUCUUGUUUCAAUACUUCUCGGUGAUCAGCCUGAUGACCAUAAACUUUAUCAGAGUCAACGAAGCUCUCCAGAGUUUGCACAGAAGCACCAGCAUCGACUCGAAGUCUUUGAACCGACGUCGCCGGGCCUCGGUCAACUGUUCCAUGCCUCAGUCUCUUCGGCACCUGAGGAACAUCUACGACAACUUGUGCGAGGCAUCCGAAGAGAUCUCGCAGUUUUAUUCGUUCCCAACACUGCUCGUCGUCCCUUUUGUUUUCUGUUCGUUGGUGUUUAACUUGUACUAUCUUCUGCUGCUACUGUUCGACGACGACACGUACUUCGAACUCUUCUCCUUCAUCAACGGUGUCUUCUUCAUCGUCUAUCUCACGUACCCCCUUGGUAUACUGACCGGCAAAAUCACUGACAUUUUGGACAAGAUCGAACGGACCGGGAUCAUCGUGUACUCGUUGUUGAACAACGCGAUCGAUGAAGAGACACUGGCAGAGGUAAAAUCGCAUAGACACCGACAAUUGCCCAGUAAAAGAGUCUUGCGUUUCUUCCAGCUCAGGCAAUUCGCGCUCCAGUUGCUCCAUCGACAAAUUAAGUUCACCACUAGCGAUUACUUUAACCUGGACAACGCGUUGUUCCAAUCGGUGGUCAGCUCGGUGAUAACGUAUCUGGUGAUCCUUAUCCAGUUUCAAGUGGCAAACAAAUCCUCGAUUGCUUGCCAGUGCAAUUGCACGAUGGACUGAUCGUUAUAAGCGAAUUUCAUUUUUCGUGGAAAAUUUGAAGAGAAUCUUUAAUUUGAAUGUGUGUGUGUGAGAAGAACAGAAUAUUUCGAAUAAAAAAAUUAAUCACAGA